CUGAGUUUUGUCCCAUUUUCAACCUCAAUCUCCUUUCUUUUUUGCAGUACUACUUACAUCUUUUUUAGUUUUUUUUGUUGAUCUUGCAAAUCUAUCUGCAACCUUAUCGUGUCUUCUUGGACUCUUUAGGGUUUUGGGGAGAGUGGUUAAUUUAAGUUCUAAUAAUGGAGUUGAAUGGGCAAGAAAUCAAUGAUUUGAGAGCACAAGCAAGAAGAGAAGGAAACCAAGUUCUUAGUUACACUUCACCAAAGCCAGAUCGAGCGCCUAAACCCAGUUUAACGAGCGGAUCCAACUCCAAAACCUCUCUUGUUAGGUACAGAGAAUGUCUCCGCAACCACGCAGCCAACGUGGGAGGGAAUGUGUUCGAUGGGUGUGGUGAGUUCAUGCCUGGUGGAGAGGAAGGUACAAUCGAAGCCUUGAAGUGUGCGGCUUGCGAUUGUCACCGCAACUUCCACCGCAAAGAAGUUGAUGGCGAGUCAAGCCAGUUCAGCGCCAGCUCGAGAAGAUGUGUGGUCCCGAGCUUGCAAUUACCCGCUCCAUUGACAUCACCUACCGUACUGCACCAUCAAAAGUAUACCCACGCAAAUCCAAUUCAAUCCAUGAACGUCGGAUUUGGUGGGAAUGAGUCCUCGAGCGAGGAUCUCAAUGCGUUUCAUUCUAAUGUGGAGGGAAUGGGGGCUCCGCCGCCUUAUAUGUUGUCGAAGAAGCGGUUCCGGACCAAGUUUACGCAGGAGCAGAAGGAGAGGAUGUUUGAGUUUGCGGAGAAGAUCGAGUGGAGGAUCUCAAAGCAAGUUGAGGAGGAAGUGGACAGGUUUUGCGCUGAAGCUGAAGUGAAGAGGCAGGUUUUCAAGGUUUGGAUGCACAAUAAUAAGAACAAUGUCAAGAAGGAAACUCCAGAGCCGUUAGAUCGGGAAGAAUCAAAGGACCAUAUUUAGAGUUGAUUUUGCUUGUUGGAAAGAUUGGGUGGCGGAAUUUGAUGCAGGAGAAGGUAAUGCAUGUACAGAGAGAGGAUUUUGCAUUGUCUCCUAGCUUGUUCUUGGUUGUUCUUGAUGGUGGUUUAAGAUGAUAGAUAUUAUUGUUUGCUGCUCCAAUUUUAUUGUUUUUUUUUCCUUGUGUG